UAAUAUUGUAUACAAUAAUAUCAUACAUGUGUUGAAUGAUAUGAUAAGCGAUACUCUCUUGAAAAAUCACAUCCAAAGACAUUUAUUUAGCCAUCGAUGGCAUCUAUUAUGACUACAAUUUGUAGAUUUGGAUCACUUAGAGGUUCAUAUGUUAGAUAUACUUUAAGACCAGUGGACAGUUGGCUUAGGGAACGGUAGACCUGUCUUUGCUAUGAAUUGGACCAAAUGUUUCAGUAAUGGAUUGAAUGGAUUAAAUUCAAGUGAUGACACUCAAGAACCUAAGGAUGAGACAGAUGUGAACAAAUUGAAAGAAGAAAACAACAAAUUAAUGCAACUUUUGUCAGAAGUAGAUGACAAAUACAAAAGAAGUUUAGCCGAUGGAGAGAACACUCGGAUCAGAAUGAAGAAACAAAUCGAUGAAACAAAGAUAUACGCCAUUCAAGCCUUUUCUAAAGACCUACUCGAAGUGGCCGAUGUUCUCAAUACAGCCAUUGAUACGGUUCCGUUAAAUACCAUCACUGAUGAUAAUACUGAACAAAGUAAAGUACUUAAGAAUCUGUAUUCAGGACUUCAAAUGACAGAAAAGCAAUUGCAAAGUGUUUUUAGAAGACAUGGUUUAAUACAAAUGAAUCCAAUCGGCGAAAAGUUUGAUCCAAACUCACAUCACGCACUCUUUGAAGCUGUUUUGCCAGACAAAGAGCCCGGAACGGUGUCAACCGUCACCAAAAUUGGCUAUAAAUUACACGACAGAACCAUUAGACCAGCGAUGGUUGGAGUAGUUAAGGCUUAAUAGUAACCAAUUGAUACAAAACUACAUUUUGUUUCAUUAAAUUUAUU